GCGAGGGAAAGAGUCUUCUUUAUCUCCUUCCUUGUCAACUCCCUGGUAUAGCUGACACUGUUAACUGCGGUCUCUUUUUUUUUCAAGCGCAAAGUGCUUUUAUAUGGCUUGUUCGUAGGACUUAACAACCUCCAAAUAGAUUCAUCUUUUCGCUCGCUAAGCUGUUCAAUACCGCUAAGUCGAUAAAAAGAUCAGUUAAAAAUCAUGUCACAAGACUCUCCAGAAACUAUUCAAGAACUAAGAGAUCAAUUGAUCCAACAAAAGUCACUAAUCGAUUUUCAAACUAGUCGACUCGAGAGGCUGAUGCAACAACAAGGUGUCCCUGGAAUUCCAAACACUAAUGAGGUGCAGAUGUCAGACACACCUUUUCUACAUGAUCUCCCGGUCAGACCAUCUUACGAUUGGACUCCCUCACCGGAGCCUGCCUCUCUGAUGCCUUCUGGACAACAAGAUAUCUUCCUUCAAGUACUGGACGCGGACACCAGGAAAAACAUGGUAGAACAAUACCCAGUAAUUGCUGGAGUCCGAUACACACCGCCACAGUGACUUCCACUUGCUGCCCGUAAAUAUAACAAGUCUCAAAUCCGCGAAGAUGACAAUCUUCAACGUAUCUAACACGCUAUCUCUGCUGCACUUCGCCCUUUAGAUGUGUUAGCGCAUAUGCUUCUACCCUUAGUGCCAUCAGA